CUCAGAAUCAGUCACCUCAGUCAGCCAUGCUGUUUACACUAUGGAGAACAUUCUCUCAUCUCUCAAUAGCCUCGCUGAGACAUGGCUGGCCUUUGGCCCAGCUCCCUGUCAUGUAGACCUCAACUACUCCCUACUGAGUGGGCUGGGGCUGCUGCUUCUGAGCACCUGCUACCUGCUACUGAAAGUGGUUUUACCCUCACUGUGGAAAAAGGAAUGCACCCAAAAGCUACAGGAGAAAGCCAAGGAAGCCAGGGAAUCACUUAAAGGUGGGAGAACUGGUCGGAGAGACACCGAGGAGGGCAGGAGGCUGCAGAGAACCCUGCAAAGUCCCCUGGGCAAACCAUAUCCAGACUCCCUCUGCAAUGAAGCACAGUUAGUUCUCCAACCAGAAGCGCCCCUGUCUCUUGUGGAGAGCCCCAGGGAGCUGUCCGCCAAUGUCCCAACAGCCAAAGGCACCAUCUCUAAAGGGCUGGCUGUGUCAGCAUCCUUCCAGUCCUGGUCCAGUGCCAAAGACCAGACCCUGACUAAGUUUCCACACACUCGUAACCAACAGCCUGUAGACCCCCAUGCCGCCCAAGCCUCAGAUCAGAGACUUACAAAGACCCACACUGUAGAGCCCGGAAACAAUUUGUCUCCCACCCCGGAUGUCCUGGCACUCUUCAAAAGGCAAGAGCAAACGGAGACGGAUUUCACCGCAUCUGAACAUAGGAAAGAGGAAACAGAAUCCUUUUCAAUGCCACCAAACAAUUCAGGAAAAAUCUCAGCGUCAAUUGCCGGCCCAAAGAACUUGGAAGUCUCCCUCCCUUUGGGUAAUGAAAAAGACAAUGCAGGGGACCCUCUCCUACUCCAGCAGCUCUCUUACCCCAAGACCUCUGAGGACCAGUCAGACAUCAAGGAUACCCAGCUCUUCUGGGGCCUCCCUUCUCUACACAGCGAGUCCCUGAAACGCGAGGCUGAGACCUCAGUUAACAGUAGCUCAGUACGUGCUGAUUUCAACAGAAUGGCUAAGGCUUCCACAGGCAAUGAAUCUCCUGCCAGCACUCAGCCCAUACAGCUGCCCUUGCCUGAGAGAGACCAACAGGUCUGGCUACAAACAUUGCCCGAAUCUCAGACAAAGCCCGACUCUCUCACCACGUCUGAGGCCCCUCAACCCCAAAUCCAAAGCCCACCACCUUCUCCUCUACCCCAGUUUAGGGACUGUGGGGUGCACUUUCAUGGACCCCCGGAUGAGGCACAGCCUCUCAGACCAUCUGAAAUUCGCCAGCUGGAAUACAACGUAUUACAAAAAUCACUGGAAAGUUUGUUGGGUUUACCCACGGUGACCCAAAGAUCCCAACAAAGUUUUUGCCCCCCACCUCCUAAGUUAUCCAUGAUCAGAAAGUCAUUCAAGUUCAGUGAUCCCAAGUCCAUCCUGCCUGGAGACUACCCCCUGGAUGAAGAAGUCCGGAGGACAUUGGAGCACCACCUCCGAAAGAGACUCAUCCAGCAUCUAUGGGGGCUGCCGCACAGGGUCCGGCAGUCCCUGUCACUCAUGAGUCCUCAGCCAGAGCCUCCUGAGCUCCUUGAGCCACAGAGAAGCCGUGGGCCCUCGGGGAUCUCUCCAAAUAAGCACAAUGCCAGCAGACACCCAUCAGGAGUCAGCCAAUCUGAAAGUUUCCCCAAAAAGAUCUCGGAAACUCACCCUCAAAAGGAGAAAGACAUGGAAGUUCAGAGACAUGAUCCAGAGGUAGACCAAAAAGACCAUCUCCAGAGAGACUUCCAUGGGGCUACAACAGGCAGGGAACAUUCUGAGUCUGAGACAGACCCGGAACUUCAGCCCGGGAAUCUGUCCGGAAAGUUUGCAAAGCCUUCAUUGGUAAAGCAGUGCCGGAAAAACAGUGAAACCCUCCUACGAGGACAUCUGAGCAGAACAAAAGAAAUGAGCGACAGCAACAUCCCUGCCACUGAAGACAGAGUGCAACAUUGUAUCAACAUGCUCCAGCCCCCACCCCAGACACCGCACGGCCAGGUGAGACGGCUGGCCCCUUUGGCAGGUGAGAAGGACACAUUGAAACAGAGUUUAUCACUCAGACCUAGCAAAGAAAAGAUGUUGGAAGAACACAUUAAAACCUUUGCCGGGAAGAUGACACUUGAUGUUCCCCAAAGAGUUGAGGAAUCCUUAGAGUCCUACAAGACAAAAGUGGAGCCAUCACAUUCUCUCUCUCAGUUCUGCCUUCCCCCGGACGCCGCCGUUUCUGCCGUGGAUUCUGCCCAGCCCUCCAGGUUCCUGCAAAGCAACACUAGUAGAAACAGGAUGGGGACACUGAAUUUCAUGCCCAUCCAAGAAACGCCCCUCCCUGUUUCCAGGCCUGUGAGACAGAUGAGGCCGGCCUCCAAGAACAAGCUGUUUGUAGACAAAGACCUUAGCACAGCUCAAAGUGGCAGAGAGCCUACCCAGCCCUGGACACCCGGUGUGGUGGACAAAGGCAGCCGGCAGCAGUCUGGAUCAGACAAUAGACAUAGCUCAGAGCUGCCCAUGAGGCCAGAUGGGCCAACAGAUGAGAGACUGGCUUCCAGAACCAGCACCCAGGGGCCUCAGGGGGAAAGGAUAAGCAGGAAAGAUGGUUCCAUGGCUGAGGGGUCCACGGAGCUACUCAAGAGAGAGCAGCUCCGUGGUCUUCACCCACAGUCCACUGAGACCUUGACAGCCACCCAAGACACAUGUCAACCCCUGCAGAGAAUGUCAGUUCCCCACAACCCUGGAACAUCUGUCUAUAAAAGUCAGGUGUCCAGAGGAGCCGUAUUGCGCUCAGAGAGCAGGCUACCCAGGCAGGCAGCAGGCCAGCCUGAUGUGGCCCCAGCCUCAGGAGAAAUGACUUCCAAACGCCAGGGCCCCUCCGGUGGGGACAUGGUGUCUUCUCAGGUGCUGCGGGUGCACUUGCCCACUGCGGGAGUCAGCAUGGAGCCAAGGCAGGGUCCCUGGCUCCCUGUACAUGUGUCAGGCAAGUGUCAGAACAAGGAGUGUCCCCCGGCUGCCAGGAGAGUGUCUCCCCUGGCAGCUGAGGCAGGAAAAUUUGGUGGAGGGGAUGCAGGCUUAGGGACGUCCCAAACCAGAGGGAAGAGGCACUCUGUUCAGGCCAGGGCACCAGAGGAAACACGUGGACACACAUCUUCGCCGGCACUGUCACGUAAGGGGCAGCCUCCGCAGGACCAAUUCAGCAGCCCGGCGAAGUGCUUCUUGCAGUGGAUGUCCCCUGGAAGAAAACACAAAGGGCAGGAAAGGUCCCUGGCCAAGGCCAGCUCCCCCUCACCAUCUGUGAAGGGCACAAGCCUCGUCAAAAAGAGAUGUGAGUUUUAUGGGAACAUUGAAGCUCCAAAGAGUGUGAGAGACCCUGGGGUGAUCCUCAGGAAACCACUGGGGCACAGGCAUGGGACAGUCACCCCCUGUCCCCAGGCACCUGUGCCUCCCCCCCUCCUGGGGUCUGCAGAAACUCAGCAGGAGGUGCAACAGCUGGCUCAGGUAAAGGCUGUCCAGAGGUAUCACUCCCGCUGCCAAUCUGCCCGCUCUCAAGUGCAAAGGGCUGAGUCCUGCAGCCCAGGACAAGGGCAGAGCGCCCCUGAGAGGUGUGGCGUUGCAGGAAGAGCGGAGAUGAUGGGGAUCUCCCCCAGCGGUGCUUCACAGGGAGCCCGAGUCCCGCCCAAGUCCUAUCUGUAG